AUGGCAACCCCAAACCUCCAAUUCCGUCUAGCAACUCCAGAAGACGCGGGGCAACUUCAGCAACUCGUUCAGUCCGCAUUUCGCGCCGAAGACAGCAGGCCAGGUUGGACCGGAAAUGCAGAACUGGCGUCGAGUUUCCAGAUAGGCGUCGAGGAAGUUCUGCCCAAGAUUGUCAAUCCGAAUAAUGUGAUUCUCAUGGCCCUGGACGAAGCAAAUACACUUGUUGCUUCCAUCGAGGUCGCGAAGCGUGACAACAACUGCGGUCGGCUGUCUAUGAUAGCAGUUGACCAACGAUUCCAGCAGAACGGCGUUGGUCGCCUUCUUCUGGCCUAUGCUGAGGAUUACUGUCGCCGGACUUGGAAUGCAGAAAGAUUCUCGCUUAACGCACUUUCAACGCGCAAGGCGCUGAUUGAGUGGUAUAUGCGCCGAGGCUAUCGGAAGACGGGCGAAACGACGGCCUUUCCUCGAGCGAGGUUCAGCAAUCUGGAGCUACCCGAUGACAUAUGCUUUAUCGAGAUGGAGAAGGAAUUCGGCAUCGAUAACGAAUAA